AUGUUCAAUAAUAAAAAUCAUAUCUUUUCUGGUUUCUUUUUCCAGGGCAGUGUCAAAGGUAUUGUUGAAAUAAAUCUUUCAAAAUAUCCCGAUUUUAGUAUAAAAACAAAUCCACCUAUUGGUAAUGAACAAUGCUGUACAAAAAAUGGUCAAAUUUAUAGCGUAACUGUUCAACCAAAUGAAUCUAUCGAAGCUGAACUUAUUCUUAUUCCAGCUGAAAUUGCUUUUUAUGAUUUUCUUCUUCCAAUUCGUACAUGCCCACCUUUACUCAAUGUGGAAGGUUUAUCACAAGCAGCAAAACCUUCAUCAGCUAUACAUCAUCAUCGUGAAUUAAGUGCAAGUGAACAAAAAGCUUUACAACCAUCACAUCCACCUAUAAAUUGUCGUAUACGUGCAACAGCAUUAUCUGAUUGUUUACAAUUAUCAACAAAAGAAUUAAAUUUUCAAAUGUAUUCAACACAAUAUAAUGCUAUGAAACAAGGUGCUUAUUGUGAUUGUCAAGAAAUAAUAUUAAUGAAUAAUAGUAAAAAGAAAAUUCAUUGGCAACUUGAUUUACGUGAUAAUGCAACAUUAGAUAAUGAUAUAUUUCGUGUAUUACAUUCUUCACUUGUACCAUUUAUAAGUCCAUCAACAAAUAUUGGACCAGAAGGUGAAAUUGAAUCAAAAGAAAAUUUUUCAUUUAAAAUUAAUUUUGUACCAAAAAAAACUGGAAUAUAUAAAACACGUAUACCAUUUUAUAUAAAUCAUAAUCAACAAAUACCUUAUACAUAUAUUGAAUUAACGGGAGAAUUAAUUAUGCCAAGUUUAAUAUUUGAACCAAGACGUUUAAUUCUUCCGCCAGUACCACUUGAUAUUGAAAGUGUUGGAACAGUUCGUUUACGAACAAAAGGUUUUGAAAAGAAUACAAAAUUAAUUAUCUUAUCUCAUGUUAAACCAAUAGAUGUUUCAUAUGACUUUCAUGCAACAUUUGUUGAACCAGCAAUAAUUAAUGUUGAUAAACAACAAGAUUUUACCAUGAAAAUAUGUUUUAGUAGUAAUCAUUCAUAUUCUGAAAAGCUUAUUGUUAAAAUAAUCGAUGAAGAAAGAAAUUGUUUUGAAUAUGAAGUUUAUGUUACAGCUGAUAAUUCAAUAUUUACAUGUUAUUCAUUUUUAUGGAAAUCAGAAAAUGAUUAUCAAAUUGUUGUACAACCAGGUCAAAUUAUGAAAGGAAGCAGAAUCAGAUCUGAUGAAAGUAAUUCAAGUGGUGAACCACUGUUAGUUCAAAAACGUACAGUAACAAGUUCAAAUUCUCGACCAAAUACAAGUACAAGUGCAACAUUUGAUCAAGCUGAUCAAACAUCUGAUGAAGCAUCAACAGAUGAACAUAUAUCCGCACAAAAUCGAAAUGAACGUUCUCCGGUAAAUAAACUUGAAAUAUAUACUUUCUAUCUAAUUAAUGAAACAAAAUAG